CCUCCUCUGGCGGGUGUGCAGACUGCUGGGAGUUGGCUCCGCUCGACUGUUCUCAGUCUGCAGAGACUCUUCCCCGUUGUGUGCCCAGCUCGGCUCCGCAAUGCCGGUGGACCUCAGCAAGUGGUCCGGGGCUUUGAGCCUGCAGGAAGUGGACGAGCGGCCGCAGCAUCCGCUGCAGGUUAAAUACACCGGGACAGAGAUCGACGAGCUGGGCAAAGUGCUGACGCCCACCCAGGUUAAGAACCGGCCCACCAGUAUUGCGUGGGAUGGCCUUGAUCCUGGUAAACUCUACACCUUGGCCAUGACAGAUCCAGACGCUCCCAGCAGGAAGGACCCCAAGUACAGGGAAUGGCACCAUUUUCUGGUGGUCAACAUGAAGGGCAAUGACAUCAGCAGUGGCACAGUCCUCUCCGAUUAUGUCGGCUCUGGGCCUCCCAAGGGCACAGGCCUUCACCGCUAUGUCUGGCUGGUUUAUGAGCAGAACGGGCCACUGAAGUGUGACGAGCCCAUCCUCAGCAACCGAUCCGGAGACCACCGUGGCAAAUUCAAAGUGGCAUCUUUCCGCAAAAAGUACGAGCUUGGGCCCCCACUGGCCGGCACGUGUUACCAGGCGGAAUGGGAUGACUAUGUGCCCAAACUCUAUGAGCAGCUCUCUGGGAAGUAGGGGAAUGCCAGGAGAUAGAAACCAUCCUGGAAACCUCAAGCAGUAUUCUCAAGUUCAGUGAUGCAUGUAGAUUUCUCUGCUUCCCCGUUCCCAUUCUCACAGGUGAGGCCUGAGCAAUCAGGUAGUGGUUUAGAGUGACCUUUCCUUCUGUCUGUCCUUUAUAAUUCUAGAGGGUCACACUGCCCAUUUAUGUUUUGGUCAAAUUUGAACUCCAUUUUGGGGGAUAUUUUGGUACUGUGUUGGGCUCAUCAAAUUGUUACUAUAAGAAUAGCAAUUCAGAAUUUUAAGAAAUAAAAAUUGAGGUAAAAAGACCAGGUCUUUGGUAGUAGAGCAGAGUGUCAAAGAAUCUUUAAGGUAAAAAAAAAUAAAAAAAUAAAAAGAUUGAUUGCCUCUGCCUUUGCGAGCCUGAGUCCGGAAUUGUGCAUGAUGGCACUUCUGGGUCGUGUUUUCACGACCGUGUUUCUCACCAAGACAGCCCGAGGCUGGUGUGUCCACGAAUCCCCAUGGUACAUCUCAGACUGUUUACUAGGGGUCAGUGUUCUGCUCUGGCUCCUUGGAAGAGCAGUACUGGAACAAGCAAUAGGAAGAGUGGCUUUGCGGUUAAGGCACAGCCAUCUAGAUGCGCUGCAGGGCUGGGUGAGGGGUUGUCAGAAACCCCGAGGUCUGUGUCUGUUGAACUGGUCACUCUCUGUGGAAAAGCCGAUCUGGAGUUGCGGAAUAUUGUGUUAAUUCUGCUGUUUGCUUAUAGUUGAAUAAAAAUAAAAACAUUGCGUGGAUGA